UCCAGCGCCGGCCCUGGGGCGUUCUCCGCGCCCGCCCUCAGCCCCCCGCCCCGCCGCGCCUUGCCCGGGCGCUGCAGUCCCUCCUCCGGGGUGGCACCGCCGGGCGGCCGGGUGCGUUCCCGUCGGCACGGCGGUCGGCGCGCACAAAGGCGGCGGCGGCGGAGUGUGCGGGAGGCGGUGGAGGUCCAAACCAUGAAUUACGUUGGACAGUUAGCAGGACAAGUGUUUGUAACUGUGAAGGAGCUCUAUAAGGGCCUAAAUCCAGCCACAUUGUCAGGAUGUAUAGAUAUAAUUGUUGUACGUCAGCCAGAUGGAAAUCUUCAGUGCUCCCCUUUCCAUGUACGCUUUGGGAAAAUGGGAGUUCUACGUUCUAGGGAAAAAGUGGUUGACAUAGAAAUUAAUGGAGAAGCUGUAGAUUUGCACAUGAAACUAGGAGACAAUGGAGAGGCCUUUUUUGUGCAGGAAAUGGAUAAUGAUCAGGAGGUAAUUCCUUAUCAUCUCUCCACAUCUCCUAUUUUGUCUGAAGGAACUGCUUUAAUGGAAACUCAGCUAAAGAGAAACUCCAUAGACAGGAUAAGAAGUCUGGACACCAGUGUGUCCUCACAAGUACCACCCCAAGCCCAUGGAUCCCAGCCUUCUACUGAAACAUCUCCAGUAUGCAGCUCUGUGAAAAAAAGAAGGAAAAAGAGGAGGAAGUCCACCCAUAAAAUAGACAGCUUAAAAAGAGAAGAGAUUGGAGACACAUCGGAAGAUGAAGACAUGUUUCCUAUAGAAAUUAGUUCAGAAGAAGAAAAGGAACCAUUGGACAAUUCAAGGAUCCCUGUUCCAGAUGUGCUUGUUGAUGAUGAAUCUGACAAAAAGCCUUCUGCAGUUUCUACAUUUUCUCAGUCUGCAUCUUACCCUCAUUCGGAUGGAGAAUGGUCAUCUCUUGAAAGCCCAUUGGGUUCACGCCCUCCUACACCUAAAAGUGACUCAGAAUUAGUCAGUAAACCCAUGGACAGAAGUGGACUGAAGAAUAAUCCCCACAUGCACUGGGCAUGGGGAGAGCUACCCCAGGCUGCAAAGGCCAGUUCUAUGGUGAAAGCAAAGGAACCCAACGUGGUGGAUGUAAACCCUUCUGAAAGCACUCACUUUCGAAUCAUCCAGAGUUCUUCUGUAGAGGAAUUUAAUACCGUGUCUCCUCUACCUGUCCUUGGACAAGCAGAUGCAGCAACUGCUGAUGAAAGUGAGCCUUUACCACCUGAGACAAAUAAGCCGGAGAUAGACUCUCCAGGAGUAGCUGUACCACCGUUGCCUGCCAGUGAAGAAAUAAAGCAAGCUGCAGCUUGCUCAGCCCAACCAGCUGGCAAGACAGAUUCUCCUUCUAGAAAGAAAGACAAACGAAGCCGACAUCUUGGUACUGAUGGUGUCUAUUUAGAUGACCUCACUGACAUGGAUCCAGAAGUUGCUGCACUUUAUUUCCCCAAGAAUGGGGAUGCUGCCCAAAGCAAGAACACAAGUGAGAUGGGGCUGCGAUCUGCCAGCCAUUCUCCACAGUCUGUCGGGAGCUCGGGUGUUGACAGUGGAGCUGAAAGCACCUCGGAUGGAAUUCGAGAUUUGCCCUCCAUUGCCAUUUCUCUCUGCGGAGGUCUUACUGACAACAAAGAAAUAACCAAAGAAGAAUUCUUAGAACAUGCAGUAACAUAUCAGCAGUUUGUGGACAAUCCUGCUAUCAUUGACGACCCUAACCUUGUGGUUAAGAUUGGAAAUAAGUACUACAACUGGACGACAGCUGGUCCCCUUCUGCUGGCAAUGCAAGCAUUCCAGAAACCUUUGCCAAAGGCCACAGUGGAAUCUAUAAUGAGGGACAAGAUGCCAAAAAAAGGAGGAAGGUGGUGGUUUUCAUGGCGAGGGAGGAACAGCACAAUUAAAGAGGAAACAAAGCCAGAGCAAGGAAUAAGUGGGACUGGACUUAAAAGAGAAGAUUCUUCACAAAUGAGCAUGGCAAACAGAAUAAAAGAUGAAUCUUCUUCAAGCGAUGAGGACCCUAGAGCUGCCAAACAGAACCUUGGAUCAUUACAAACCAACUCAAGUCAUCUCUCGUUAUUGUCUGGAAUCAGUUACAAAAAAACACUUCGACUCACUUCUGACCAGCUUAAAAGCUUGAAGCUCAAGAACGGCCCCAAUGAUGUGACUUUUAGUGUUACAACCCAAUACCAAGGCACUUGCCGCUGUGAAGGCACCAUUUACCUGUGGAAUUGGGAUGAUAAAGUAAUUAUUUCUGACAUUGAUGGAACAAUCACACGGUCAGAUACUUUAGGGCAUAUUUUGCCAACUCUUGGCAAAGACUGGACACACCAAGGCAUUGCAAAGUUGUACCAUAAAGUGAGCCAAAAUGGAUAUAAAUUUUUGUAUUGCUCAGCACGUGCUAUUGGAAUGGCAGACAUGACUAGAGGGUAUUUGCACUGGGUCAAUGAACGAGGAACUGUGCUACCUCAAGGGCCAGUGUUGCUGAGUCCAAGCAGCUUAUUCUCAGCUUUUCACAGGGAGGUGAUAGAAAAAAAGCCAGAAAAAUUUAAAGUUCAGUGUUUGACAGACAUAAAAAAUUUGUUUUAUCCUAACACAGAACCCUUUUAUGCUGCUUUUGGAAACAGACCUGCUGAUGUUUAUUCAUACAAACAGGUGGGAGUUUCUUUAAACAGGAUUUUUACAGUUAACCCCAAAGGAGAACUUAUACAAGAGCAUGCAAAGACAAACAUCUCAUCCUACGUCAGACUAUGUGAAGUGGUAGAUCACAUUUUCCCUUUGCUGAAAAGAAGCCAUUCUUCAGACUUCCCUUGUUCUGAUACCUACAGUCAGUUCACCUACUGGAGAGAACCUCUACCGCCUUUUGAAACUCAGGAUGAACAUCCACCCGUGUCCUAACUGUACCUCCAAACUGUUGGCCUCAGCUCAAAGAAUGAGUUAGCGUGUAUUGAAAGGGCAUCACUUGGCUUUUGCAGUUGGCAGUUCAGCUGGAAUCUGUGAUACUGUGAGCAUUGUAUUCUUUUGCUGUGAGCAAAUUUAGAAAUGCUUUUUCAAAAUACUUAGUCACAUUUCCAGGUGAUAAGAAGGAGUCUUACUGGGAAUAGGAGUGGCAUUUCUAAGCUCUUCACCCAGCUGCUCAAAUUGUGCCAUACAAUUUCAUUAGCUAAGGUCAAAUAACAGUGAUGUUGCGGUUACAGUUAAACGUGCCAGGAGGGUAUAAAGUGGUUCUGUAUCUUUUCUGUAUCUCUGAAGUCAUCUUUCGUCUCGGCAGAACCCCCUGCAAGUAAGGGAAUGGAAGGUGCUCACCAGUCCUGACAUCGUCUGGUGACACGGAGAGGGAUUGCAAUCCACAUGCCAAAAUUCCUUUCUGAAGGAGUGAAUGAUUCUUCCUCUUUCCCAUUGCUUGACCAAUAACUGUUUGUUUAAGAGUUAAUUACCGGUCUAGAUCCUCAGCUGUUGUAAAUCAGUGUAGCUGUCAUAGCCAAUUCAAGCCUGUUUUGACAUGGUAACACUUUCCUGAGGAAAUACAUGAUGUGUAAUCUAAAUAGCAAAUGAAAUAAGAUGGCCAGAUUCUGUCAGCCUCUCCCAAUUUGAGAAGUACCAUGUUUCAAGAAUAGCUAUUUGGAUUUAGUGAGCAAGUGGAAGAUAGAGGCUGCUGUGCCUAGUGCCCAUCUUACUGAAGGCAGUGAUUUUCAGUAAAGUCAUCUUACGCACAGAAUGUGCUGAGUUUUGGGAUAGUUACUGAGCCAAAAACACUGAGGAUUUUGUCAGUGUGGAAUGGUUUUAUUUGAAACAUUAUUUUGGCUAGAAUGUGAACUUUGUUGCUGGAGGAUGAUGCAUCUCAGGUUUUUACUGUAUGGAUUUUAUUUUUGUGUUUUAUAUCUUAAAGAAUGGAUACUUUUAGUGCAAUUUAUUCUUGUCUGAGAUAACAAAAUCUCCUCUUUGAUCUUUUUUUUUCCUUAUUUGUCCAGACACAAGCUGUAGAUACUGUUUUUUGCUACCUGCUUUUGACAGCCUUAAGAUUUAACUAUGUCUGUUAAAAGCAAUACUGCAGAUCAGUUGAUAAUGUUUUCCAAAUGGUCUGCCUUUACACAAUGCAGUACUUUCCUUAAAAUGUAGACUUCGAGUGACCAGCGGAUGAUUCUCAAAUGUUCUUGUAGAUAGGAAAGAGACUUGUUUUAUUUUCUUUUAAAAUAUAUUUAGAAGUCUGAUUGUUCUUUGACACACUGAAAAUGUCAUCAUGAGAUUCCACAUAUACUGUGUUUCAAUGUGGCUAAACCAGUGGUUCACCAGCUGUGGUCUCUGCCAGCUUGUGAUCUGUCAGGAUAUGGUACACGUUUUACAGCUGCUUUGUGGUGUUUUCAGUUAAGAGUUUAAUAAUAUGAAGGCAGAAGAGAAAUGUUAAGAUGUGAUUGUAGUUGAUUAGCACCAAAAAGUUUGAGAACAGCUGCUCUGUAUCACAUUUGUUCUGUUUCAACAAGUUUUAGUUUUGCAUGUCAAGAGUGACGGCAGCAUAGGUAGGAUGGUGAUUCUGUAGUAGGGGUUUUCUAACUCAGUGGUGCAGAUUUUAUCUGGAACAUCAGGGGGCCAAUUUAUGAUUUCUCUGUGCCUUCAAUAGCAAUGAAUGUAAGUGCAGUGCUCUCCACAGCUGCAAUAUGCAGUGACGCAGCCCUCCCCGAGUCUUCCUGUUGACAUGAACGUUGCUGCUUUGGGCAAGGUGCAUACCCGCUUUGGAGGCACAGGGUUAGACAGACAGGGAGAGGAAGGCAACACAUGUUUAACAGCCCGGGCUGGUUAUGCUGUCUUGGAAGUUUAAAGAAAAUGCAAGGUUCUUUUUUUCACUUAAAGGUGGAAGCAAUGUGAUACGGGUUUUCUGAAAGACAAUCAGCAGGGAUUGCAGGUUGCCAAACUGAGAUGGGUGCAUCUCUAAAUAUAGCCACACUUAUCCCUUAAGUGUAUCUAUUAAAACUUGUCAUUAAUGAUUGAAUAAAUGGAUGAAUAAACUAACUGCAUCUUAUUUUAAUUCAGUUUUGGUAAAGACCUAUGUCAAUCCAUAUAUUAUGCAAAAUAAAGCUGAAGCAACACUCCUGUUCAGUAAGAGGCUGCCGGUUUUGUGGGUUUUACCCUUAACAGUAGUUGAAAUCCAUUUCUCUCAAGGUACCACACGCAGUGGCUUCUGUCAGAAAAGACAGUCCCUGCAAGUCCCCCACAAUUAAAGCCUGUGAUGUAUUUAUUUCUAACUUAAGUAGCUGAUGCAGAGUCGUUGGUUGCCACUAGUAUUUCAAAGUGAAUGACAGCGCGGAGGGGCGGCCGGUGUCACUCCGGCAGGCUUGGGGGCGCAGUGCAGCGCCGGCCCGGGUAACCCUGAGAGCAGCGGCAGCUCUGGCCCGGGGCCUUUCCAGGCUUGCUAGGAGUGCCGGCUAUCUUGGGCUCGUGGCGCUCGCAACGUAGUGCAGCCGUCCUUCGCCUCCCGCCUGAACUUGGGCUGGUGACCUCCAGGGGUCCCUUCUCACCAGCGUUUCUGUGCCGCUGUGGCGCUGAACGCUUCCCUCCUGCUGGAUACCCCUUUGUGUCCGGGUAGCUCAGCAGGGAAAAGAAUGUGUGCUGGUGUAACUAAAGCUUAUCGAACCUGCUCAAAGGAAAGAUGCUUAGGAAAACCAAAGUUUUGACCUGCUAAGAAUAUCACCAUACUUUAUCAGAGAGUAUUAGACAUUUUGAUUUGGUAGCUGAGCAAUUUUAUGCAUAGUAUUUAAUCUGCUUUGUUAAUUCAUGUAGAAGUAAAAUCGAUGGUUUAAUGAAUCCUUACUCUUUCUGCGAAAGAAAAAGAUUCAACCUUGCUUUCACUGUAAUGCUGGUUUCUGUUACAGAAGGAACAUUUGGCUAGCAUAAAUAUGCAAACACAUUCAAUCCCAAUAUGCUCUAUUUAUACAAUACACAUAAGUUAGAAUAUGCAGCAGUGAGGAGUGGCUAAUGUUUGUUUUCUUCAAGCUGAUGAGCCUCCCGCUCCAGCUGUGUCAUGUGAACCAAAGAACAGCAUACUAGUUGCAUCAGUUAUGUUGAAGAGAAAAUGUUACUGCUGUCAUUUUGGGAGGGAUGAGAAAGAAGGUACUGGGUACUGUGUAGAUAUGGAUUAUUAUUUCAAAGCCUGUUUAUAUACAGUAUUUAUCCGUAUAUGUAUGUGCUACUGCAAUGAUGAAAAUCAUUUUAACAGCUCAUUUUGAUCUGCUGAAUACAACAAAGACAGAUAUAUUGUAAUAAAGGGAAAUAAGGUUUGUUUUUUUCCCCAAUUUUUCUGUAUGUUUUGAUAAUGACAGAAUGUUUUUGCAGAACUGCUGAAACUAAAGCGUGGCA